AUGUAUAGUGUGGAGGAGCUGGUGAUGCUGAUGCUGAUGCUGAUGUUGAUGUUGAUGUUGGUGGUGGUGGUGAUAGUAGUGGUGAUAGUAGUGGUAGUGUGGCACUUCCUCUCAGCUCAUCUUACUCUUUCAGCUGCGCCAGGACCCACGAGCCCCGUUCCUAAGAGCCCCGAUUGGCGCCCACUCUCCAACGAGGGAGAUGAGAUUGGCUUGGCCUAG